AGAAAGAGCAGGACACCUCUGCCACAACAGUAAGGCAGUACAAGUCGCUCCAUGUCCUGGAACAGCGAGUGCAUACAUGCAUGGAUCUAACAAUGUCAACCACGACGACGUCCACGUCCCGUGCGCCCGACCAUGACCAUGGUCACCACCUCUCUUCCUCCUCGCCGGCAAUUCAACCGCCAUCGCUGCCGCCGCUCAUCCCGGCCUGCGACCCGCACGACGGCCCGGCGUGCCUGCAGCUCAUCGAGGAUCUGACCACCCACUCCGGCGCCAUGCAGCAGCGCGUCCUCGACAGGAUCCUCGCCAUGAACGCAGGCACGGACUACCUCCGCGGCUUCCUCGGCGACGUCGAGGGCCGCAACACCAGCGAGCUUGGCGCCGCGUUCAAGGAGCGCGUGCCGGUCGUGGAGUACGAGGACAUCAAGCCGUACAUCGAGCGCAUCUCCAACGGCGGACCCUCGUCGCUUAUCUCCUACAAGCCCAUCACCGAGCUCCUCACGAGCUCCGGCACGUCGGGCGGCCAGCCGAAGCUGAUGCCGUCGACGGAGGAGGAGCUCGACCGCAAGACCUUCCUCUACAACCUCCUCGUCCCCGUCAUGAACAAGUACGUGGAAGGGCUAGACGAGGGGAGGGGGAUGUACCUUCUGUUCGUGAAGCCGGAGAUCACGACGGCGUCGGGGCUGGUGGCGCGGCCGGUGCUGACGAGCUACUACAAGAGCGGCCAUUUCCGGCAGCGGCCGGACAGCCCGUACACGCGGUACACGAGCCCCAACGAGGCUAUCUUGUGCCCGGACAGCGCGCAGAGCAUGUACGCGCAGCUGCUCUGUGGCCUCGCCCGCCGCGGCGAGGUGCUCCGCGUCGGCGCCGUCUUUGCCUCCGCCUUCCUCCGCGCCGUCAAGUUCCUCGAGGGUCACUGGCGUGCGCUCUGCGACGACAUCCGCGCUGGUCGUGUCGACGCGCGAGUCACUGACCCGGCCUGCCGGGAGGCCGUCGCCAGGGUCGUCGCGCAUCCUGUCCCGGCGCUCGCCGACGCCAUCGCCGCCGAGUGCGCGGCCGGGUCGUGGCAGGGCAUCGUGCGGCGGCUAUGGCCGAGGACCAAGUACAUCGACGUCAUCGUCACGGGGUCAAUGGCGCAGUACAUCCCGCUGCUGGAGUUCUAUGGCGACGGCCUGCCUCUGGUGUCGACGAUGUAUGCGUCGUCGGAGUCCUACUUCGGGAUCAACCUCCGGCCGCUGGACAAGCCAGAGGACGUGGCGUACACGCUGCUGCCCAACAUGUGCUACUACGAGUUCAUCAAGGUGGAGAAGGACAGCGAGGAGGUCCGGGAGGGGAAGGUGGUGAACCUCAUCGACGUCGAGGUCGGCGGCUACUACGAGCUCGUUGUCACGACGUUCACAGGUCUGUACCGGUACCGCGUGGGCGACAUCCUGCAGGUGUCGGGCUUCCACAACGCGGCGCCGCAGUUCCGGUUCGUGCACCGCCGCAACGUGGUACUCAGCGUGGACACCGACAAGACCUCCGAGGACGACCUCCUCCGCGCUGUCACCGCCGCCAAGCGCCUCCUGGCCCCGCUCGGCGGCGCCAUCCUCUCCGAGUACACCGCCUACGCCGACACCACCUCCAUCCCGGGCCACUACGUCCUCUUCUGGGAGCUCACCCCUCCACUGCCGUCCCACGACGACGCCGCUGUGGCCCGCAUCAUGGCGUCGUGCUGCGCCGCCGUGGAGGCCGGGCUGGACGCCGUGUACCGGCGGUGCCGGAGCCGCGAUCGGUCCGUGGGGCCUCUGGAGAUCCGCGUGGUGUCCCCCGGGGCCUUCGACGCGCUCAUGGACCUCUGCGUCUCCCACGGCUCGUCGGUGAACCAGUACAAGACGUCGCGCUGCAUCAAGCACCCCGACGCCAUCGCCGUCCUGGAGGCCCGCGUCGUCGGCCGCUUCUUCAGCGACGGCGUGCCGCACUGGGAGCCGUUCAAGGUCGAAGCCAACCACGCCGGCGCCAACGCCAACGCCGACGGCGCCAGCGCCAGCUGAAACGCGUGCCGUGAGUACGUACAAGCACCGCUGAAUUAAGUAGAUAAUUGAUGUGCAUGUCUGAUGUGAUGUUUUUACUGUGUUGUGCGUUUUUACUGUACUGUAGUGUCCAAUUACAUUUGAAACUGAUCAUUUGUUUGUCAAUUGGUCAUUUACUCAUUAGUCGUCAUUUGUUCUUGAAUCGUCGAGACAAACCAGAGGGGUUUUGCAUGUGUUAUGUGAUCAGUUAAUUCUCAA